AUGUCCAUUGACAAGCUUGCACCGUCUGCUGCGGCACCUGUCUCUGAUGACAAUGUACUUUGGCGGCAUCCAGACCCUAAGUCCACUCACAUGUGGAAGUUUCUUGAGCAUGUCAACAAGAAGCACAACCUGAGUCUCGAUGGCUACCCGGCACUUUACAAGUGGUCUAUUGAUGAAGUUGGUUCAUUUUGGGAGGAGGUUUGGCAUUUUGCUGGCGUUAAAGCAUCAAAAACCUUUGAUCAGGUCCUCCCCCAAGAUGCUCCUAUGUACCCUCGGCCAGAUUUCUUCUCCGGCUCACGUCUAAACUUUGCCGAGAACCUCCUCUUUCCCGCAACUUCUCCACAUCCCGAGCCUACAGCCCCAGCUGUUAUCACUGUCACUGAGCUACCAAACUCCACAGUGACUACCUCGUGGGCGGAGCUCCGUGAAGCAGUUCGUCGCUGCUCCAACGCCCUGCGUGCGGCUGGACUAAAGCAAGAUGAUGUUGUUGCAGGUUUUGUGUCAAAUCAUGUCGAGGCGAUUGUAGCCAUGCUUGCUGCCGCCUCGAUAGGUGCUAUCUGGACCGGUAUAAGCCCCGAUAACGGUGUCUCAGCUGUGUUAGAUCGUCUUAACCAGAUUGCUCCCAAGGUGUUGUUCGCUGAUAACGGUACCGUCUACAAUGGCAAGGAGUGGUCAAGUGUAUCGAAAACGACAGAGAUCGUGGCUGCAUUGAAAGACAAUGGGCUUGAGAGAGUUGUUGUUAUUAACAAUAUCAGCUCUGGGGGACUUGGCCUUGAAGAGCUUGAGAAGCAUGGUGUAUCAGCCAUUGAUUAUGCCAAGAUGCUUGAGUCCGCCUCCGAGGAGCCCUUGAAGUUCGAGCAACUUCCUCCAGCUCAUCCCUUAUACGUUUUAUACUCCAGUGGAACGACUGGUCUCCCUAAGGCUAUUGUUCACACAGCACUGGGUACGCUUCUCCAGCACAAGAAAGAGCAUCUUCUCCACUGUUCGCUCGACUCAACAUCCCGAAUGCUCUACUACACGACGACCUCGUGGAUGAUGUGGCACUGGAGCAUCGCAGCUCUCGCUGUAGGCUCUACUGUUAUCGUUUACUCUGGCUCUCCUUUCCGCCCUCACGGUCACCUUUCGCUUCCACGCCUCCUCUCUGACCUUGAGGUCACCCACUUUGGCACAUCAGCUGCCUAUCUCACUGCCCUAGAAGCCAACAAGGUAUACGCUAUCCGUGACAAGUCAAUCGAUCUCUCCCGACUCCAGGCUAUCUACUCAACAGCCUCGCCUCUCCCUCCAUCUACCUUCAAGUUUGUAUACGAAUCCUUCCCUAAGCAUAUCAACCUCGGAUCUAUUACAGGCGGGACAGAUAUCAUCUCCCUUUUCGGUGCACCUUGCCCACUUCUCCCUGUCCGUGUUGGCGAGAUUCAGUGCGCAGGUCUGGGUAUGGCCAUCCGCGCUGUUGACUCCAUCACAGGGGAGCCCAUCAAGGCUGAUGAGCCUGGCGACCUUGUUUGCGUUAAGCCUUUCCUCUGCCAGCCUCUCACCUUUUUCGGGCCAAACGGCGAGGCCAAAUAUCAGUCGGCCUAUUUCGAACGUUUCGAAAAUAUCUGCGGAGUCAAGGGCCCUGUUUGGCACCAUGGAGACUUUGUCAAGAUCCCAGACCCUGCAACCGGCAGUCUUGUCAUGCUUGGUCGAUCAGAUGGUGUACUGAAGCCAUCAGGUGUACGAUUCGGAUCUGCUGAGAUUUACAACAUUCUCACGCGCUUCUUUGCUUCCGAGGUUGAGGAUGCUGUUUGUAUCGGACGUCGACGAGAAACAGAUUCAGACGAGACUGUGUGUCUAUUUUUGGUAAUGGUUCCGGGGCAUGAGUUCAGUGACGAUCUUCGUCUACGGAUCAAGUCCAAGAUCAAGUCUGAACUUAGCCCUCGACAUGUGCCAGGUGUGGUGGAAGAGUGUGGAGGAGGAGUUCCAAAAACUAGCAACGGAAAGAAGAUUGAAGUUGCCGUGAAACAAAUCCUUUCCGGCAUGAAUGUUAAGACGAAUGCCAGUGUUGCCAACCCUGAAGCACUAGAUUGGUUCAAGAAAUGGGCGGAGAGUCAUUGA